AGUAGGGAAUACCUGUGAAGAGCAAAGUGAAAGAUUACCACUUAAAGAGUUGAAAUCAUGUGACAGCAUUUAUACUCAAUUGGGUUUUAGUGUUUUUUGUUUUCUAGUAUCACAUGGCAUAGUUGUGAAAAAAGCAACAUUAAACAUGUGAUUCCAUGUGACAAUCUAAAUAAAUUGACCACUCUCAAACAUCUUAGAUUUCUCAUAAAUCUUUCUUCACUUCUCAAUCUUUUCCCUCAUAAUUUGAAUUAAUGGAGGCACAAGAACAAAAUAAACGUAGACGUGUGGUUUACUCUAUGGAACCAAACAAAAUAGCUCAAUCUAUAUUUGCUAGAAACUAUUUAAGCUAUUUAGUUCCAGCAUUGAUGAAGAUAAAGGAAAACCCUAGUUUUGCAAAAGAUGAUAACAGCAGUUAUGUUAAGUAUGAAGUGGACAUGGCUAUGGUUUUAUCAGCACAAGGUUGUGCAUGGAGCAAUGGUCUUAAACUCAAGCUUCAAAAGGAUCAUGUCAAUGAUAAGAGUAGUAGCAUAGUUGAGAAUGAGGGUAAUGAGGGUAAUGAUGAUAAUGAAGAUGAGGAAAAGAUGAAGAAUUUGAUAAAGUUGAUACCUGGUGGUGAUGAGAUUUGUGAUGAACAAGUUGUUAAUGAAGUGGAAAGUUAUAUAAGAUGUUUGCAAAUGCAGGUGAAUGUUCUUCAAUGCUUGUUGGAAGAGAUGUGUUGAUUAGUUUUUAUAUGUCUUGAUUUUUGGAUUUCCAUAAACUAUGUUAAAUUGAAGAUAUGGUGUUGUUUAAGAAACUUUAUAGUAUUUUUUUUAUAUGAUUGUGUAAUUUGUUUGCAUAUAUUUUUGUGGGUGCAGUUACGGUGCAUAGAUAAAAAUCUAUGCACCGUGCAUAGAGUAUUAUUGACCAUUGGAUCAUUAGAUCAAAUUAUAAUUAUUACUCAAUACUCAAUACUCAAUACUCACUACUCAAUAGUCAAUACUCAAUACUCAGUACUCAAUACUCAAUACUCAAUACUGGAUUAAAAAUAUGAUCCAAUGACUUAGAUUGACUUAUGCAUGGUGCAUAAGGAAAAUCCUUAUGCAUA